UCCGCCCGCCCGGCCCGGGACCCCCGGGACCCCCCGGGACCCGCCGGGAUCCGCCGGGAAUCCACCGGGAAACGCCAAAAACCCGACGGGACCCCCCGCGACCCCCGAGCCAGGAUGGACCGCAUGACGGAGGACGCGCUGCGCCUGAACCUGCUCAAGCGGAGCCUGGAGCCGGCGGAGGAGCGCGAGGACGUGCUGGCCAAGAGGCUCAAGAUGGAGGGACACGAGGCCAUGGAGAGGCUGAAGAUGCUGGCGCUGCUCAAGCGCAAGGACCUGGCGGGGCUGGAGGUGCCCCACGAGCUCCCGGUGAAGCCGGAUGGGAUCAAGGGCUACGAGGAGAAGCUCAACGGGAGCCUUCGGCCUCACGGGGACGGGCGGAGCUCGACCCGGCCGGGCAAGGAGAACAUCAACGACGAGCCCGUGGAUAUGAGCGCCAGGAGGAGUGACCAGGAUCGGGGUCGCCUGACCCCGUCCCCCGACAUCAUCGUCCUGUCGGACAACGAGGCCUCCAGCCCCCGCUCCAGCUCCCGCAUGGAGGAGCGGCUCAAGGCGGCCAACCUGGAGAUGUUCAAGGGAAAAAGCCUGGAGGAGAGGCAGCAGCUGAUCAAGCAGCUGCGGGACGAGCUGCGGCUGGAGGAGGCGAGGCUGGUGCUGCUGAAGAAGCUGCGGCAGAGCCAGCUCCAGAAGGAGAACGUGGUGCAGAAGACCCCCGUGGUCCAGAACGCCGCGUCCAUCGUGCAGCCGUCCCCUGCCCACGUGGGACAGCAGGGCCUGUCCAAGAUCCCCUCCCGGCCCGGAGCCCAGGGGGUGGAGCCGCAGAAUUUAAGGACAUUACAGGGCCACAGCGUGAUCCGCUCGGCCGCCAGCUCAGCCCUGCCCCACAUGCUGAUGUCCCAGCGCGUCAUCGCCCCCAGCCCCGGGCAGCUCCAGGGCCAGCGCGGGCCCCAGAAACCCGGCCUGGUGCGCAGCUCCACGCCCGGCAUGAGCCCUGCCAUCAACUACCAGCCGCAAUCCGGCUCCUCGGUGCCGUGCCAGCGCUCGUCCUCCUCCGCCAUCUACAUGAACCUCGCGUCCCACAUGCAGCCGGGCUCGGUGGCCCGCGUGUCCUCCCCUCUCCCCAGCCCCAGCGCUCUCUCGGACGCUGCCAAUUCCCAGGCCGCGGCCAAGCUGGCUCUCCGCAAGCAGCUGGAGAAAACUCUCCUGGAAAUUCCUCCCCCGAAGCCUCCGGCGCCGCUCCUGCACUUCCUGCCCAGCGCGGCCAACAGCGAGUUCAUCUACAUGGUGGGGCUGGAGGAGGUGGUGCAGAGCGUCAUCGACAGCCAAGGCUUUCAGCCCAACCCCGGGUGUUUUUGGGUGCUGAGCGGGGCGGUGUUUGCAGGGAAGAGCGCGCCGGCCGUGCCGCGCGUGGAGCCGUUCGUGUGCGCGCAGUGCCGCACGGAUUUCACGCCGCACUGGAAGCAGGAGAAGGGAGGGCGCAUCCUGUGUGAGCAGUGCCAGACUUCCAACCAGAAGAAAGCGCUCAAGGCCGAGCACACGAAUCGCCUCAAGAACGCCUUCGUCAAGGCCCUGCAGCAGGAGCAGGAGAUCGAGCAGCGGCUCCAGCAGCAGGCUGCCCUGUCCCCCACGGCCGCGCCCGCCGUGCCCAGCGUCGCAAAACAGGACGGGAUCCUGCGGCACCACACGCUCCGGCAGGCCCCGCAGCCCCAGAGCAGCCUCCAGCGCGGAAUUCCCACCUCCGCCCGCUCCAUGCUCUCCAACUUCGCCCAGGCCCCGCAGCUCUCCGUGGCUGGAGGGCUCCUGGGAAUGCCAGGUGUGAACAUCGCGUACCUGAACGCCGGCAUCGGGGGCCACAAAGCGUCGAGCCUGGCGGACCGGCAGCGGGAAUACCUGCUGGAUAUGAUCCCGCCCCGCUCCAUAUCCCAGUCCAUCAGCGGACAGAAAUAGCCCCGGGCUGUCCCCGCCCUCCCUCCGGGCCGGGCCGGGCCGUGCCGGGCCAAGCCUCCACCCCACCCCCGGGGAACGACAGAGCAGGAGAACCCCAGAGAAACAAACAAAAAACGUGGGGAAAAAAACGAAACGAAACGAAACGAAGAACAGACGGAGAAAACAAACAUUUCAGAACGGCGACCUGUCCCGUUCCCAGCCCGAAUUCCCUUUGGUUUUGCAGGCUGGGAGCAGCCCCGGCCCCAGCGCUCGUUUUUGUAACGCCGCCGCUUCCUCCUUGUCUUGUGGGUUGUUUUUUGCCCCCUUUUUUUCCUUAUUUUUUCCCGCCCCCUCCCCUUCCCUUGGCUCCGUGGAUGGUUAAAGCUUUUUUCUCCCUUUUUUUUUCCCAGAGACUUUGGCAAGGGCACCUUCCCCAGUUCCCUGUGGGGGGAGAUUUUGGGGGGGCAGCCUGUUGCUGAUUCCGGAGUGGGGAAUUUGGGGGUGCCUGGUGGGCGAGGAGAGGAAGAAUCCCCUUGGGAUUUGAUCCUGGGGAGCCACGACCCCCUCCCCACCCCCAGCCCCGAUCCUGGGGUGUCCCUGGCUCCAUCCCUGGGGUGUCACCUCCCCCAGCCCCCAUCCCAUGGCGCCACAUCCCCCUGGGCUCCGAUCCCGAUGUCCCCGGGGGUGACAGACCCGCCCCAGGACCCCCUCGGAGGUCCCUCAGUGUCCCCAGGGGUCCCUCGAGGUGACCAGACCCCCCCCCCCCCGGUGUCCCCCAGGGGUGUCCCUGCAGGGGACACACGGAGCGGACAGCGGAGCGAAGGCACGGCCAGGGUGGGUGAGUGUCCCCAGAGCUGUCCUGAGGUGUCCCCAGAGCUGUCCUGAGGUGUCCCCAGAGCCAUCCCCAUGUGUGUCCCCAGUCCCUGCAUGCUCUGGAGCCCUUCCCUGUCACCUCUGUCGCCCGGGGGUGGCACCGGGGUCACCGAUGGCGCCCAGGGACAGGGGACAGGGUCCCUGUGUGGCACCCUGGGGGUCCCUGAUGUCCCCUCUGUCCCCGGGGGUGGCGCUGGGGGAGGGGGAGGUCUCAGUGUCCCCUGGGGGUGUCGAGGGCAACCCAAAGCAAGAAAAUGAGCCGUGAGAAAAGUCUCGAUUUGCACUUCAGCCUUCCCUUCCCUUCCCUUCCCUUCCCUUCCCUUCCCUUCCCUUCCC